AUGUGGCCUGAUCUUAUUCAAAAAGCUAAAGAUGGUGGACUUGAUGCAAUUGAGACAUACAUAUUUUGGGACCGGCAUGAGCCUCAUCGACGAAAAUACGAUUUCUCUGGGCAUCUAAAUUUUAUCAAAUUUUUUCAACUUAUCCAAGAGGCUGGACUUUAUGUAGUUAUGAGAAUUGGUCCUUAUGUGUGUGCUGAAUGGAACUAUGGAGGCUUUCCAUUGUGGUUGCACAAUAUGCCUGGAAUCCAACUACGUACAAAUAAUCAAGUCUACAAGAAUGAAAUGCAAACUUUCACAACAAAGAUAGUUAAUAUGUGUAAACAAGCCAACCUCUUUGCAUCACAAGGAGGACCAAUAAUAUUAGCUCAAAUUGAGAAUGAGUAUGGAAAUGUGAUGACACCAUAUGGAGAAGCAGGAAAAACAUACAUCAAUUGGUGUGCUCAAAUGGCUGAGUCUCUAAAUAUCGACAUUCCAUGGAUCAUGUGCCAACAGAGCGAUGCCCCACAACCUAUCAUCAACACAUGCAAUGGAUUCUACUGUGAUAAUUUUACUCCUAAUAAUCCUAACAGCCCAAAAAUGUUUACUGAAAAUUGGGUGGGAUGGUUUAAGAAAUGGGGCGACAAAGACCCUCAUAGAACUGCAGAAGAUGUGGCAUUUUCGGUAGCAAGAUUUUUUCAAUCUGGUGGCAUAUUUAACAAUUAUUACAUGUAUCAUGGAGGCACCAAUUUUGGAAGAACAUCGGGAGGUCCAUUUAUCACUACGUCUUAUGAUUAUGAUGCCCCACUUGAUGAAUAUGGAAAUUUGAAUCAACCGAAAUGGGGACAUCUCAAACAACUUCAUGCAUCAAUCAAAUUGGGAGAAAAGAUUCUCACUAAUAGCACCCGCUCGAACCAAAACUUUAGUAGCUCUAUAACAUUAACAAAAUUCUCUAACUUAGAAACAGGAGAGAUGUUCUGCUUUUUGAGUAAUGUAGAUGAAAACAAUGAUGCUAUUAUAGAUUUGUUGGCAGAUAGAAAAUAUUUUCUACCAGCUUGGUCUGUGAGCAUUCUUGAUGGUUGCAACAAGGAGGUUUUCAACACUGCAAAGGUUACUUCUCAAACAUCUAUAUUUUUUAAGGAGCAAAAUGAGAAGGAAAAUGCAAAACUCUCCUGGACUUGGGCUUCAGAGCCCAUGAGAGACACUCUACAAGGAUAUGGCACAAUUAAGGCAAACCUUCUUUUGGAACAAAAAGGGACUACUAUUGAUUCCAGCGACUACUUGUGGUAUAUGACAAAUGUUAACACCAAUGCAACAUCUUCACUUCAAAAUGUGACUCUCCAAGUGAAUACAAAAGGUCAUGUGCUUCAUGCUUUCAUAAAUAGAAGGUAUAUUGGGUCACAAUGGGGGAGCAAUGGACAAAGUUUUGUGUUUGAGAAACCUAUUCAAUUGAAAUUAGGAAACAAUACUAUAACCCUUUUGAGUGCCACAGUUGGACUAAAGAAUUACGAUGCAUUUUAUGACACAGUGCCAACAGGAAUUGAUGGAGGGACUGACCCAGUAGUAUUGGACAUGCAAGGGAUGGGAAAAGGUCAAGCUUGGGUAAAUGGACGAAGCAUAGGCCGAUUUUGGCCUUCUUUCAUUGCUAGUAACGAUAGCUGCAGUGCAACUUGUGACUACAAAGGUGCAUAUGACCCUAGCAAAUGUGUUAAAAAUUGUGGAAAUUCUUCUCAAAGAUGGUAUCACAUUCCAAGAUCGUUUAUGUCUGAUGACAUGAACACAUUAAUUUUAUUUGAAGAAAUUGGAGGAAAUCCUCAAAGGGUGUCUGUUCAAACCAUCACUAUUGGAACUAUAUGUGGAAAUGCUGAUGAAGGAAGCACCUUAGAGCUCUCCUGCCAAGGAGGACAUAUCAUCUCCCAAAUCCAAUUUGCUAGUUAUGGACAUCCAGAAGGAAAAUGUGGUUCAUUUCAGCCAGGGUUGUGGGAUGUGACAAAGAAUACUACUAUAAUGGUGGAAAAGGCCUGUAUUGGUAUGGAAAAUUGUUCCAUUGAUGUAUCUCCAAAUUUAUUCGAAAUGAGCAAUGUUGUAGGCCCAUCUGCAAAAUUGACCGUUCAAGCACUUUGUUCACAUGAUUGA